AAUUGUGAUUAUUUAAUAAAACUCACGGUUUAUUUUCGGUCAUGGUUGGGCGAAACACUUGUUGGUAAAUUGGCGCUCUUUUUUGCGAAAUGACAGGUGACAGUUAUUUGUCAAAGAAGUGUCAAAGUUCAUGUCAUUAGGUGACAGAUAAAGAUUAUCGUAAUUUGUUUAAAAUCUCACAAUUAUUUGCAAAAAAUGUGAUUGUGUGCACAAUGACAUCGCCAUUGAAGCCCUGGGAGUCCAACUCCUUGCAAAACUCGACUCAAAUUCGCACUACGCACAAUUUCCGUGAUGUUCCAACAACUGGUCGUAGCGCCCCCGUGUUGCCCCCUUUGCCUCGCACUGCGCCCCUGAUGGCCUCCUCAGCGUACAACUCCUACAUGCCUUAUUCUAGUGGUUACAGCAGUUUGGGGUACGGCGGGGGCUAUGGCAUGCCCUACCGGAGCUCCAUGUACAACUCCUACGGCUCGUACGGGGGCUACAACAUGUACGGGAUGGGGGGUUACCCCAGUUUUGGGGUGAACGACGACGCCGAGCGUCGCUUCAUCCAAUACGCCGAGGAGAGCUCUCGUCACACUUUCGCAAGCGUCGAAAGUAUCGUCCGCGCCGUCAACAGCAUUUCCAUGAUGCUAGACAACACGUUUUUCGCCAUGACGAGCUCCUUCAGGGCCGUACUCAGUGUCGCGGACAACUUCGGGCGACUCCGGUCCAUGUUCGGCCACAUCUGGUACUCGGUUAACAUCUUCCGGUUGUUCAAUUGGCUCUACCGGAAAUUCAUGUGGCUGAUUGGCCGAAAAGUGCCCAAUAGUGCGGCGUCAUUGGCUUGGAAGCAAGCGGGCGGGGCGCCACCCACUGGCCCCGCCCCUGGCUCCAGUUGGCCAACUUUGGCGUUUCUGGGCGUUCUAGUCUCCGCCCCCUACAUCAUCAGUAAAUUCCUCCCGAAAUACGAAGAUAAGUGCGAUCCGGCCAAUUGGAAAACUCCAGGAGUUAGGGCAAAGGCAGCGUUUGAUUUCAUUGCCCGGAGUCAGAAUGAAUUGAGUGUCCAAACAAACGACGAAUUGACGUUAGCCCCCACAUAUGUACAGGAGGAAAUGAAUUUGAAGAAUUCAGGGUGGGCGUUUGCGCUGGCCAAUGGGAGGUCGGGGGUGGUACCAUUGAAUUAUCUCGUAAUUAGUAAGGCGGGGCCAAAGGAGAGGCCUACAGUUGAGGAGGAGGUGCCAAUUCCUAGGGUUUUUAAUAAAACUAAUACGAAACGAGUCAGUUUUGGGGAAAAUCAAGUCUUUGAAAAUGUUGACUUGGACGAUUAUGUUAAGGAAAAACAAGUAGAUAGUAAAAAAAAUCAAAAAGACGAUGUAGAAAAUAAAGACGAAAUAAUUGAAGUUGAAACCAAAAAAGUCGAGUCAGGUUAAUUUUUUUUAUUGUAUUUUGUUGUGUAGUUUAUUGUGUUAUCACUCAAUUAGCCAAGGUGAGAGAACUGAUUUUAUAUGUAUUUCGAUUUUUUAUAAUCUAGGUGAUAUGUGAACUACUUAGGUUAAAAUAUGGUUAUUUUUUAUUGGAGUUUGCUUCAAAUAAAGUUUUUAUUGCUCAA